AGAGAUGAAUAAAGAUGAGAUGAUUUUGUUUGGUUUGGAAGAUGGAAAAGGCGAAGACGGCAGAAGCAGGAAGGUGCAAAGCAAAUCCGAUGAAGACUUUGGAAGAUUUUAUGUUUUGAUGUUUCCCUCCAUUCUCAAUUCAUCCCUUCUUCAUUCUACCACAAACCAUAACUUCCCCACACACCCACUUUCUCUUUCUCUCUUACUGACCGCCGCUGACUCUCCCCUUCAAUGGCCGGAGACGCCGGUGGCGACGGUCACUCUCCCCUUCCAUCACCCUCUAACGGCGGCGAGUUUCUUCUCUCCCUUCUUCAACGACCCCCAAAUCGCCAAUCGCAUCUCAAUCUCAAUUCUCACCCUCAUCUUCACCCUCCUUCCUCCCUUGAUCCUGCGGUCGCUGCCGUUGGUCCCUCCCUGACCUCCCUCCCGGCGCCGUGGUCUUCUAGUGGCAACGAUCUUCUCUACCCUAUUCCUCUUUCUCCUUGGUCCCACUCCCACCAGUCCUUAUCUACUCCCAUCGCACCUAAUUAUGUGGGGUUUCAACAACACCUACAGCAGAACCCUUUUCCUCUUCCUCGGAAUCAGUUUGGGGGAGCCCAAUUCGCGGCGACUCAGAGUUCGGGCGAUCAAAUUCAAGGCGGUUUUGGGGGUGUUGAUGAUUUUAAAAGGCUAGGGUUUCCUGGAAACCAAGAUAGAGCGAACGGUACUGUUGCUCAUAACUUUUCGCAGCAUAACCAACUGGAGAACAAGCUUCAGUUCGGGUCUUUUUCUCCUACUCAAUUUUCUCGGGUUUUGGUUAAUGGGAAUAGUAGCUCUGCCAAGGAUUUAAACCGCGAAGUGGGCUUUAGGGAGGCAAUCCCUAAUGGGUUGAAUAGAAAUCAGGGAUUGGAUUCUCAUGGGAAUUCUAACUUUGUAUCGUAUGGGAAUUCGAAUCCGAAUGCCAAUGUUCAUUCGUUUCGCCGUGGAGAAUGUGAUUACUCAGAGCAGGAAAGAGGUCGUGUAUUGGGUGAAAACUACAAUUUUCAUCACCAGGCAAUGGUGUCGGAGCUAUCUAGUUUCAUGAACAAGCCUAAGGGGGGAGGGCACUUGGAUUUUGGGAACAUUGGAAGGAGAGAUUUUGAGCAUGGAGGGAAUAGAGAGAGACCUCGUUCAAGUCAAUUUGGUGAGGGGUCUCACAGGCUUGAACUUGGUGCACAGCUUCAUGACCCUGUACGACCUUCUAGGAGUGAUCUUCAUUCAGCAUUAGCAUUGAAUAUUGAUGAAAGAGUUAUGAAUUUGGAUUCUGAGAUCGUUGAAGGCAGGCACGGAGAUAGUCAUCAAGGUCAUGGUUGGAUGAGGAAGGAAGUUGAUUCGACUAAUGGUAAUGACAGCCAGGAACUGGACAACAUAGGUGAACAGCUCGCUGAUUCCUUGUUGCUUGAGGAUGAACCUGAUGAGAAAAGCGAUGCUAAGUUUAUACGUCGUGAGAAGGAUUGCAGGGGGAAUAGACUACUUACUCACAGAGAAAGGAUCUCUAGAAAACAUAUAAACUGCCGAGGCGACAUAGAUAUGUUGACAGUUCCUCUUCUUAGGAUUUAUGAAUCCCUGAUCCCUCCUGAGGAAGAAAAGGAAAAACAGACGCAGUUAUUGACAUCACUAGAGAAAUUGGUUGUUAAUGAAUGGCCUCAUGCGCACCUUUUUCUUUUUGGAUCAUGUGCGAACUCCUUUGGAGUUUCAAAUAGUGAUGUAGAUGUUUGUCUUGUGCUUAGAGAUGCUGAUAUUGACAAGUCCGAGAUCUUGCUAAAGUUGGCAGAAAUUCUGCAGUCAGCUAAUUUCCAGAAUGUGCAGGCCCUGACUCGUGCAAGGGUUCCUAUUAUAAAGCUUAAGGAUCCAGUGACUGGAGUAUCCUGUGACAUAUGCAUAAACAAUGUUUUGGCUGUUGUAAAUACAAAACUUCUCCGGGACUAUGCACAAAUAGAUGUGAGAUUACAACAAUUGGCAUUUAUUGUGAAAUAUUGGGCCAAGUCUAGAGGAGUAAACGAAACAUACCAGGGAACACUUUCUAGCUAUGCGUAUGUUUUGAUGUGCAUCCAUUUCUUACAACAUCGGGACCCUCCUAUCCUACCUUGUUUACAGGAAACAAAGAUUGUUACUUAUCGUAAAAUUGUGGAUAACAUUGAAUGUGCUUACUUUGACCAAGUUGAAAAGCUAAAAUCUUAUGGAUCUGAUAACAAGGAAAGUGUUGCUCGCCUCGUCUGGGGAUUCUUCCAUUAUUGGGCAUAUUGUCAUGAUUAUGCCAACACUGUUGUAUCUGUUCGUACUAAAAACACUGUCAGCAAGAGAGCGAAAGAUUGGACUAGGAGGAUUGGGAAAGAUCGCCAUUUGAUAUGCAUAGAGGAUCCAUUUGAGACAUCUCACGACCUAGGUCGAGUUGUUGAUAAGUACAGUAUCAAAGUUUUGAGAGAAGAAUUUGAACGUGCUGCUACUAUUCUACAGACCUAUCCAAAUCCGUGUGAGAAGCUCUUCGAACCCUUCGUCCCGAGUUAAUAAGUAUAUUAUGGAAGAGAGCUAUCUAAGAAUUCAAUUAUUAUGUUCAUAGCUAAUCAAGGUUGUAUAGUGCUUUGCUGUUGUCGUUUUUCCCUAUUUAUGUUUCAAGUGUGUUUGCUUUUUGUGGAAACAUGUUUUGUUGGUCUGUAUAUCAUCUAGAAUUUUGGUUUUGCCACUCUAAUCUUUCUAGUUUCUACCAUUGCAAGUUAUUGUAGAAAAUAGAAGUUAUUUUUCUUUAUCUCACCAUUUCCUGAUGUAAUGUCAGAAAAUAUUUCCUAA